GGCUGCGCGGUGAGUUUGCUCUUUCCCCGUGUGGCUCAUUGCAGGAGCCGGUCCGGCUGAGUGACAUGGCUGCUUACCGAGUGGAGGAGCGGGGCGCCCCCAACAGCGUCGACUACAGGCUCUUCUUCAAAAAUGAUAAAGGACAGUACCUCUCGCCUUUCCAUGACAUUCCAAUAUUUGCAGAUGCUGACAAGCACAUCUUCAACAUGGUUGUGGAGAUACCUCGAUGGACCAAUGCUAAGAUGGAGAUUGCAACUAAGGAUCCUCUCAACCCAAUUAAACAAGAUGUGAAGAAAGGAAAGCUACGUUACGUUGCUAAUGUAUUUCCCCAUAAGGGAUAUAUCUGGAACUACGGCGCUAUUCCACAGACGUGGGAAGAUCCAAAGCACAAAGACGAAAAUACCAACUGUUGUGGAGACAACGAUCCAAUCGACGUUUGUGAAAUUGGAGACAAGGUGUGCAACCGAGGCGACAUAAUUCAAGUGAAAGUUCUGGGCACACUGGCAUUGAUUGAUGAGGGUGAAACCGACUGGAAGAUCAUUGCAAUCAAUAUUAAUGACCCUGAAGCUGCUAAAAUGAAUAAUAUUGAUGAUGUCAGAAGAAUUAAGCCUGGAUACCUGGAAGCAACUGUGGACUGGUUUAGACGAUACAAAGUACCUGAUGGGAAGCCAGAAAACAAGUUUGCAUUCAAUGGAGAAUUUAAAGAUAGGGACUUUGCAAUUGAUACCAUUAAAAGCACUCAUAACUACUGGAGGGCUCUAAUAAUUAAAAAAACAGAUGCAGGAGAGAUUUGUUGCACAAAUACAGCUUUGACAGAUAGUCCUUUCUGUUGCAGUCAAAAUGCCGCGGCAGCCAUUGUGACAGAGCUACCUCCUUGUGAGACAUGUCAUCCACUACCAGCUGAAGUGGACCGGUGGUUCUUUUGCCAUUGAAAUUUGACCAAAAGACAAACAUUACAAGAAGCUGCUGCCUACUCCUCAAGAUAUUUGUGCAGAACAUUUGUGAAGAAUUAUCUGAGAAUCCAAAACCAUAUGUUUAUAAAUAAGUAAAUUAUGACUCACAGUGCACUGUAUACAUUAAAAAAAAUGAGAUUAGAUGAUGUAAAACACCAACUAAAGUCUUCAAAUAUACAUCAUGAAACUCA